AUGUAUACCACAAUUUCUCCAAUGCUUGUUGUGUCAUUGGCCACACUAGCCUUCAUAAGUCUCUUUAAUAUAUACCGAUAUCGGUAUCGACCCUCCACAGUGAACAGUCCUUACCCCCCUGGGCCAAAGAUUGCCACUAUGCCGACCCGUGAUGCUUGGGUUGAGUACCGAGAAUGGGGAAAUAAUUACGGCGGACUCGUCUAUCUCCCUGAAAGGAAUACUUUAAUAGCCAAUAAAUCCGAAAUUGCCAUUGAGUUGUUGGAAAAACGUGCUCGUAUCUAUUCGGAUCGGGCGAUGACCCCAAUAAUAAAGUUAUGUGGGGGGGAGGACAUACUUUCACUUGAGCGUUAUUCUGAAAAGUGGCGUAUCGACCGACGAGUCUUUCAGCAAACUUUCCGUCAAGCUGCGAGUAGUCGUUUCUACCCGGCGCAGUACAAUAAAAUUCACGAAUUUUUACGCCAAUUGCUUAUGACCCCUGAUAAAUUCAUGCAACAUACAAUGAAGCUCUCUCAAGCUCUCGUGUACAAAGGACUAUAUGGACUCGACGUUGAUUCUGAAGAUCCGUUGGCAAAGAAGGCCGUAGAAGUAAUGGAUACAUUGGGGCAAGCUUUACUUCCUGGCUCUUUCCCUGCAUAUGAACGGUUCCCAUUUCUACGUUUCAUGCCUUCCUGGUUCCCUGGAUGUAGAUUCAAACGAAUUGCAAUUCAGUGCAGUCAAGGUGUGAAAGAGGUAGACACUAUACCAUUCGACAUUGCAAUGGCUCAUUUGAAAAGUGGGACAGGUACUUCUCCCAUUGCCGAGUUGGCGAUAAGAAAGCCUCAAGAUAUCAAGGCAAUCAAGGCAAUGGGUACUAUAAGUUAUCUAGCUUCUGCGGAUACGACCAUGUCCUCUAUAUCAUCCUUCCUCUUAACAAUGUGUCAAAAUCCCGAUAUACAGGCUAAAGGGCGAGACGAGAUAGAACGUGUGAUUGGCACAGAUCGACUACCCACCUUCGAGGAUCGCCAGUCCUUACCUUACGUCGAAGCUAUUUAUCGCGAGGUCAUGCGCUUACACCCUGCUCUACCUCUUGGCCUUCCUCAUGUUUCGACUGAAGACGAUUUUUACCGUGGAUAUCAUAUUCCAAAAGGAUGUGUGGUUAUACCCAACAUAUGGGCUAUGAAUAGAGACCCAGAUGUGUACACAGAGCCUGAUAGAUUUCUUCCAGAACGUUAUAGUGAAUCUCCUACGGGCCCAUUUGAAAGCAUAAACAACAUUUAUGCAUUUGGGUUUGGACGACGGGUCUGCGCUGGUCGUCAUAUGGCGGAAAACACUAUUUGGCUCACGAUUGCCUCUGUACUCGCUACCUUCACUCUGGGUAAGGCCAAGGAUGGAAAGGGGAAUGAAAUUGAUAUCCCUGGUGAAUACACCGAUCAAUUUUUCCGGCAUCCCAAACCUUAUCGGUCCAGUAUUGUUCCUCGCAGUGCUCUGGCAAGAGAGUUGGUUCUCGCCACGAACGCCGAGUAG